AUGUCUACUUCUAUAAAAAAGAAUUCGACCUCACAAACGCUCCAAAAUCUUUACACACAUCGUACCGCUACUUCAGAACGUCCGUGUUUUGUCUGUGGUAAAUUCACGUCGGCAGUUCUCACAACUGGCAAUGGCUUGGAUUGGUUCUAUACUUGUGUCAGUCAUUUGAAUGACCGUGGUUUCGCUUCACCGGUGCCGCUAGUUGAACCAGAACCAGUUAAAAUAACGGAGCCAACUUCAAAAGGAGAAAAAGAGAAGGAAAAUGAAAAAAAAAAAGAAGGGAAAGACGAACAAAAAUUUGAAGAUAGUAAGGAGGAAAAAUGUGAAGAGAAGGGAGGUAAAGAAGUAAAACCUCCGUCAUUAUCCAUCAAGCCGAAACAAUACACUUUGCAUCGAGAUUUUUUUUAUCUGCGCGAAUCCAAUUUGAAAAAGAAACGACAAGAAAAAGAAGCACAGGAGAUGUUAAAGCAGCUGCCAAGUGUUCCGAAAAGUUCGUUAAAAUAA